GUCCACAAACGACUUCAGUACAAACCGAGUCCACCGCCAUGGCAACCUGGCGGACGAACGCGACAGUAUGGGACAACGCGACGGUGAAAGCGUUCAGCGUGUUUGACGGCUGUGACUCACAAGUGGAGGGCAUCCUGUUCGACCUGACGUUGCAGUGCAUCAACGUGGCUGUAGGUAUCCCCGCUAACAUACUGGUUAUCGCCGUGCUGGUGCGCAACCGCAAAGAUCCGGCCACCUCUGACAUCUACCUGGGUUCGUUGGCUUUCAUGGAUGCCUACUUCGGCUCCAUGACGCCCAUCAGCUUCCUCAACCUUUACCACUGGCAAAGCAAGGAGGUGUGGUCAGCCCUCAAGUUCUCUUACGGGGUGAAAGACACCAGUGGGCCGCUCUUCCUCUCCUGCAUCUGCCUGGAUCGCUUCGUGGCCGUCCUCUUCCCGCUGGCGUUCGGCCGCCUCAAUAACAUCAAAUAUCGGGUGGGUCUGUCCGUUCUUGUCUUCGGGCUUACCUUCGCCUACUCCGCCGCCAAAGUGGUGGGUGGCUUGCCAGACUUUGAGAAGGUGUUCACCGGCGAGAUCUUAGCCACCUUCACCUGGAUGGUGAUGUGCAAUGCCAGCAUCCUGUGGGCUCUGAAGAAGUCGAGCAGUGUCGGGAAGGACGAGAUGCAUCCCAUGAAGAGGAAAGCCUUCAAGAUCGUGCUGUCCAUCCUUUGCAUCAUCGUGGUCAACUACCUGCCGCCCGUCGCCCUCUUCCCCUUCGAGGACUACUACUCUCCUGACGUCUUCCGCUGCUACGUGCAGCCUGUUGGUUUUGCUUUUCUCAACAUCAGCAGCACCAUCCAGCCCCUGGUCUACUUGUCUCGCCUGGAGAAGGUCCCCUUCCUGCCGGACACAUGUGUCCGCAAGUGGUGCUCUUGUGUUGCUGAGGUUAAAGUCAAAACCAAGCCUGCGCAGAACACGUCUAACCAGAAAAAAACUUGAAUAACAUUGGGUGUAAAAUGUCUGCACGCCUCUUUUUAAUGCCUGGGUUUUGUGACUGUUCAUGAUGCUUCUACCAUAACACUAUGUUGUAGGUACGCUGCUCUGUUGGUUAUUGAGCAGUUUUCUAUAUUCAUCAUACAUUAAUUUUGUAAUUAUCGUUUUUGGCCAUCAAAUCUUGCAAAAACACAAUAUUUUCCAAAAGGACAAUUUAUUAUUUCCUUGUACCAUAUUGAUAGUAGAAUACAACACAAAAAGGACCUCCUUUGGUAAUAGUCAUUUGACAUGACGCCCUCAUGUGUAGUAUUGUGUACUAAAGCAAAAAUGCAAAUUUCGACCUCCUAUAAUUCUGUUCAAUGUUAACGGAAGUACAUCAAUAAAAUUCAU